GCUGCUGCUAUAUAUAUAAUGGAUGGAGAUGGAGAGGAGAGAAUUGAAUUGAAAGUGGUGACCCAAGCAAAUUAAACAAGCUAAGGUAGCAUAAUGAGGCAAUCUGGAAGAUUGGUGCUGGGUUCAUCAUGUUCAUCUGUAGUAGUAUUUAUAACAACAAUAAUAUUAUGGAGCUGCUGCCUUAAUAUUAGCAGCAUAUCUGGUCGGAUGAUGAAGAUGAAGAAUGAAACAAACUACUCCUCCUUGUCUUCUUCACAUCCCGUGGAGCUUCUGCACUGGAGGAGGAGUCUUAUCUCAAACGGACUUGGUCGCACUCCUCAGAUGGGAUGGAGUAGUUGGAACCACUUCGCGUGCAACAUUGAGGAAAAAUUAGUCAGAGAAACAGUUGAUGCAAUUGUAUCAAGUGGGCUUUCUGCUCUGGGUUAUGAAUACGUGAAUUUAGAUGAUUGUUGGGCCGAACUAAACAGAGAUUCCCAGGGGAAUUUUGUUCCAAAGGCAUCCAAAUUUCCAUCUGGAAUGAAAGCGCUUGCAGAUUAUGUUCAUAGCAAAGGGUUGAAGCUUGGAAUUUACUCCAGCGCUGGGACUCAGACAUGUAGUCAACAAAUGCCAGGCUCAUUAGGAUACGAAGACCAAGAUGCUAAAACUUUUGCUUCUUGGGGAAUUGAUUAUUUGAAGUAUGACAACUGUUACAAUAACAAUAUACCUCCCAAGGAAAGGUACCCUAAAAUGUCUAAAGCUCUACUCGACUCCGGAAGGCCCAUCUUUUAUUCCUUGUGUGAAUGGGGAGAUCAAGACCCUGCCACUUGGGCACCAUCAAUCGGCAAUAGUUGGAGAACCACAGGAGACAUUAAGGACUCAUGGGAAAGCAUGACAACUCUGGCUGAUAUCAAUGACAAAUGGGCAGCUUAUGCUGGUCCAGGAGCAUGGAAUGAUCCUGACAUGUUGGAGGUUGGAAAUGGAGGCAUGAGUACUGAAGAAUAUCGCUCUCAUUUCAGCAUAUGGGCUUUAGCCAAAGCACCUUUGAUAAUUGGUUGUGAUGUUCGAUCAAUAGACAACACCACCUUAGAGAUACUAAGCAAUAAGGAGGUUAUUGCAGUGAAUCAAGAUGCACUUGGUGUCCAAGGGAAAAAAGUUAAGAAGGAAGGGGAUUUGGAGGUUUGGGCGGGUCCCCUGAGCAAUAACAGAGUAGCAGUGAUACUAUGGAAUAGAGGCUCAUCACAGGCGACCAUUACAGCUUACUGGUCUGACUUAGGCCUCCAACAGUCGGCCGUUGUGGAAGCACGAGAUUUGUGGGAUCAUUCAACUCAGGCACAAGUUCAACAAAAAAUAUCUGCUACUGUUUAUGCCCAUGGCUGCAAAUUUUAUAUCCUUACUCCACAAUGAUCACAUUAUUGUACCCAGACACACAUUAUUCUAGUCUGAUCUACAACUUACAAAUUAAAGUUAUCCAAUAAAGUUUGUUUUGUUUUCA